GAAGAAGGCGCGCUCCUUCGCUCGCCCUCGAGCGCGGGCGGGCGCGCGCCGGGGAGCGGCGGUUGCGCUAGGCCCCCGGAGCUGUGGGCACCAAUCACCGGUUGCCAUAGCAGCGUUUGACGUCACCGUGCGUGUGGUGCCCCUGCUGCCGGAGCUGGUGAUUGGAGGAAACCCCGUGUCUGCGGAGCGGCUGUAGCCUGUGAGCAGCGAGACUGAGGGACAGAGUCUCAGCCUCGCCGCCGCCGCCCAGAGUCUGGGAAGCCGCCGUCCGUCCGUCCGUCCGUCCGCCGCCGACUCCGGACACAGACCAUCCAGUCAUGGAUAAAAAUGAGCUGGUGCAGAAGGCCAAACUGGCCGAGCAGGCGGAGCGAUACGACGACAUGGCAGCCUGCAUGAAGUCUGUAACUGAGCAAGGAGCCGAGUUAUCUAAUGAGGAGAGGAACCUCCUCUCUGUUGCCUAUAAAAAUGUCGUAGGAGCCCGUAGAUCAUCAUGGAGGGUCGUCUCAAGUAUUGAGCAGAAGACCGAAGGUGCUGAGAAGAAGCAGCAGAUGGCUCGUGAAUACAGGGAGAAAAUUGAGACCGAGCUCAGAGAUAUCUGCAACGAUGUACUGUCUCUUUUGGAAAAGUUCUUGAUCCCCAAUGCUUCACAAGCAGAGAGCAAGGUCUUCUAUUUGAAAAUGAAAGGAGACUACUACCGUUACCUGGCCGAGGUCGCUGCUGGUGAUGACAAGAAGGGGAUUGUGGAUCAGUCACAACAGGCAUACCAAGAAGCUUUUGAAAUCAGCAAAAAGGAGAUGCAGCCCACGCAUCCCAUCAGAUUGGGUCUGGCCCUUAACUUCUCUGUGUUCUAUUAUGAGAUUCUGAAUUCCCCAGAAAAAGCCUGCUCUCUGGCGAAGACGGCUUUUGAUGAAGCCAUUGCUGAACUUGAUACGUUAAGUGAAGAGUCAUACAAAGACAGCACGCUAAUAAUGCAAUUACUGAGAGACAACUUGACAUUGUGGACAUCUGAUACCCAAGGAGAUGAAGCUGAAGCAGGAGAAGGAGGGGAAAAUUAACCAGCCUUCUGGCAUUUGUCUGCCUCAUGCUAAAAUUUACACAGUAGACCAUUUGUCAUCCAUGCUGUCCCACAAAUAGUUUUUUUGUUUACGAUUUAUGACAGGUUUAUGUUACUUCUAUUUGAAUUUCUAUAUUUCCCAUGUGGUUUUUAUGUUUAAUAUUAGGGGAGUAGAGCCAGUUAACGUUUAGGGAGUUAUCUGUUUUCAUCUUGAGGUGGCCAAUAUGGGGAUGUGGAAUUUUUAUACAAGUUAUAAAUGUUUGGCAUAGUACUUUUGGUACAUUGUGGCUUCACAAGGGCCAGUGUUGAAACUGCUUCCAUGUCUAAGCAAACUGCCUACAUAUGGGUUUGUCCUGGUGGGAAAUAAAAGGGAGAUAUUGUCUCAGUCCCAGGUGUAGUUCUUGUGGCUACUGGAAGGUUUGAAGCACUUAGCCCGGCUGUGGGAGAGCAGGUGCCUCAGGGGGGUUGCGUGUUGAGCCAGGUGGAUGUGUGGGAUGCUCGGUCGCAAUGUGCACACCUUGGACUACAGCUGUAGGCGUGUUCCUUUAUAAAAGGUUGGGACCCAAGUUACUCUGGAUAAGGGCAGAAACGGUUCACAUUCCAUUAUUUGUAAAGUUACCUGCUGUUUGCUUUCAUUAUUUUUUGCUACACUCAUUUUAUUUGUAUUUAAAUGUUUUAGGCAACCUAAGAACAAAUGUAAAAGUAAAGUUGCAGUAAAAAUGAAUCGCUUGAUAUCCAUUACUUCAUGUAUGUAUAUCAAGCACAGCAGUAAAACAAAAACCCAUGUAUUUAACUUUUUUAGGUUUUUUUUUUUUUUUUUUUUUUUGCUUUUGUGAUUUUUUUUUUGAUACUUGCCUAACAUGCAUGUGCUGUAAAAAUAGUUAACAGGGAAAUAACUUGAGAUGAUGGCUAGCUUUGUUUAAUGUCUUAUGAAAUUUUCAUGAACAAUCCAAGCAUAAUUGUUAAGAACACGUGUAUUAAGUUCAUGUAAGUGGAAUAAAAGUUUUAUGAAUGGACUUUUCAACUACUUUCUCUACAGCUUUUCAUGUAAAUUAGUCUUUUGGUUCUGAAACUUGGCUAGAGAAAAUUGUACAUUUUUUGGAAAUUUAUUCCUUAUUCCCUCUUGGCAGCUAAUGGGCUUUAACCAAGUUUUAAAUACGGAGUUUAUCGUAGUAGCAAAAGUACUAUUAAUGACUACCAUUCCCAACUCUUAUGUUGCCCUCUCUUCUCCCACCGAAAAGAAAAAGAAAAAGGAAAAAAAAAUUGGGGGCCGGGGGUAGGUUAAUUUGAAAAGUAUAUGUGUUCCAUUUAAGAUUUUGGUAUAUGGCAUUUUCUAACUUAGGAAGCCACAAAUGUUCUUGGCCCAGCAUGACACUGGGUAACAUUGACUGUAAGUUUUGUGCUUCCAAAUGACUUGGUUUUUAAGAAUUUCUUGUUAACUCUGAAAGCUUGCCUUUGAUUUUGAUCCUUUAUUCUUUCAAUGUGUCAGGUGUACAGGAUUACCUUCCUUUUGAAGCUGUCUGUCUUGUCCCUAACCCUUCCUAUUGAGUGGCCAUGGACAAGGAAAAGGCCGCAUGCUCUCUCUGGCUCCCCUCAGUGUCAGAGCCUGUGCUUCCUUUGCUCGCGUCCCACACUCCUCCCCGCAUCCUUUUGACUGCAGCCAAUCCUUCCUCAGUUGAUGAGAUCGUGUUUAUCUCCCUAUAGACACUGCCUAUCCCAAAUGGUCUAUCACUGUCUGCCUUUAAAAUCCUUUCUUCCUCUCUUCAAAUAAUGAUGGGGCUAAAUUAUACCCAAAGCUCACCCUGUCAGACAUUUUCUCAGUACUUUGCAGAAAACACCAAACAGCAAUGCCAUUUUAAAAGAGGUGUACUUUUUUUUUCUUUUAGAAUGUAAGCUCCUCAAGAGCAGGGACAAUGUUUUCUGUAUGUUCUAUUGUGCCUAGUACACUGUAAAUGCUCAAUAAAUAUUGAUGACGGGAGGCAGUGAGUGUUGAUGAUAAGGGUGAGAAAUGGAAAUCCCAAACACUGUUUUGUUGCUUGUUUUAUUUUGACCUCAUUAAAUUGGGAAAUACCGGCCCUUUUGGAUAAUUGUCCCAAAUAUCACAUCAAAUAAAAGUGCAAUGGAG